GUGGCUGUGUUACAUCUAUCUGUCCAUCUCUUUUUUCUUUGUGCUCUUUCACAAUCAGGUUAAGAUUCCGUAUGAAUCUGCUAUUCAUACUUAAUUUCUUUAUUUUUUUGUGGGUGCCCCAAACUGUAUCUCUGCUACAGCCCUUGCUUUGGCCUUGUCUUUAAUUUCUAUUGAGAUGUGUGUAUUUCCAUGUGUGUAUUGGUGGGUUAACACCCUCCUCAAAGGAGGGGCAGACUGAACUUUGUCUGUCCUCAUUGGUUGACAGAGGUCCUCCCUCCUCCCUUUUAAAAGUCUGCAUUUCUACCUGGGUUACAAAAGAGCUGCAGCUCCUCACCCAUUCACUUGUCUGUCAUCCGUCUUACUUUGUGAAACACAUUUCUUCAAAAAGAAAAAAAAAAAAAGGAACAGUCUCAGAACAUCAACAAAGGAACUUUUCAGUAAAUUCCUGUAGGUAACGAGGUCUAGCAGAGGCCGAGGAAGAACCGUAUCACCACCUUCCGAGCUCCUAACUCUGAAAUCCUGAAAACUGAAUUUCUCUGCCACACAUCUCACCGUGCACCAAAAUGCCAGGAGUCAUGGAUCGUAUGGAACUAAGGAAAGUCUCCACGGAGGCUGAUGACGACAGCACUGACAGCCUGGACGACCGCUACACAGAGCCCAUUGAUUCCGAGAAGGCCACCAUCAGCAGCCAGUUUAUGGAUGAUAAUGAUGAUGCAGAAAGCCAGAAGUUCCUGUCAAAUGGGAUGAUGAAGAAGAAAAAGGAAUAUGAGGAAUACCAUGAGGAAUACCAUCCUGGCCAUGCCUCCUUCGGGAUGUCUGUCUUCAACUUGAGCAACGCCAUCAUGGGCAGCGGCAUCCUGGGCCUAUCCUUCGCCAUGGCAAACACUGGCAUUGUUCUCUUUACAGUCCUUCUCAUCGCUGUGGCCAUCCUCUCCUUGUAUUCUGUACAUCUUCUCCUUGUGACAGCAAAAGAAGGAGGAUCCCUCAUCUACGAAAAGCUGGGGGAGAGAGCAUUCGGCUGGCCCGGGAAAAUGGCUGCAUUCGGAUCGAUAAUCAUGCAAAACAUUGGAGCCAUGUCCAGCUACCUGUUCAUUGUGAAGUAUGAGCUGCCUGAAGUGAUCCGAGCCUUCUUGGCUUUAGAAGAAAACUCUGGUGAGUGGUACCUGAACGGAAACUACCUGGUGGUGUUUGUGUCCAUCGGAAUCAUUCUGCCUUUGUCUCUCCUUAAAAAUCUAGGCUACCUGGGCUACACCAGUGGUUUUUCCCUUUCCUGCAUGGUCUUCUUCCUGGGUGUGAUAAUCUACAAAAAGACCCAGCUGCCCUGCCCUCUUCCUUUCUUCUACCACCACUCGUCUAACCUCAGUAUGAACGCCUCGGAUAUGCCAGGGUUGUACACGCUACAAAACCACUCAGCACAAAUGGAUUUCUCCCGAGCCGACGUUUCGCCGGCGGUCCUGGGCAGCCACGACGCCCACCACUCCACCGGCGUCCACUUUGAGCCGCACCCUGACGAUGAGGAGAUGUGCACACCCAAAUACUUUGUCUUCAACUCACAGACAGCAUACACUGUGCCGAUCCUGGCCUUUGCCUUUGUCUGCCACCCUGAAGUCCUGCCUAUCUACAGUGAGCUGAAAGAUCGCAGCAGGAAGAAGAUGCAAAACGUUUCCAACCUGUCCAUCUUGGCCAUGCUCGUCAUGUACAUGCUCUCUGCGCUGUUUGGCUACCUCACCUUUUAUGAUAAUGUGGAAGCAGAGCUGCUCCACACCUUCACUAAGGUUUAUAAGUUCGACACCAUGCUGCUGCUGGUGCGUUUGGCUGUUCUCACUGCCGUCACUCUGACUGUCCCCAUCGUGCUCUUCCCUAUCCGCUCCUCCAUCACCACGUUGUUGUUCAGCGGUCGAGAAUUCAGCUGGACUCGCCACAUGCUGAUCGCCGCCGCAAUCCUGGCCUUCAACAACAUGCUGGUCAUCUUCGUCCCUACCAUCAGAGACAUCUUCGGCUUCAUCGGUUCUUCUGCAGCCACCAUGCUGAUCUUCAUCCUACCUGCUGCCUUUUACCUCCGACUGGUAAAAUCAGUGCCACUCCGCUCCCCGCAGAAGAUCGGGGCGGCCAUUUUCCUCAUUGUGGGAAUUGUCUUCAUGAUUGGCAGCUUGUCACUCAUCGUCCUCGACUGGGUUCACAACCCCCCUGGCUCCAGCAGUGGUCACUAAGCUCCCCUCCUCAGAUUCACAUGAAAAGAGUGCAGCAAACCCCUAUCACCAGCCCCACCCUACCACCACCACCACCACCCCGCUAAGUCUCUUGUCCCACUGUUUCAGCUGGUCCUACAUCUGGGGACAUGGUUCAUCAGAGGUUCCCUUCCCUUCAUCAAAUUUCAGACAUCAAUCAUAAAACCUUAGUGUAAGGACAUGAUGUGCUGCACUGGGUUAAGACAGCUUCAUGUUUUCCUCCAGGGAAUAUCACUGGGGGGAAAUUUUCUAGCUCAGCUUAUAUAUAUAUAUAUAAAUAUAUAUAUGUCUUUUUUUUUUUUUUUGUUGCUGUAAAGUUCUGGAUGAGACACAACACAAACGAGAGAAUCAAAACCCAGAGAGAGGGAAACAGACCCUGGUUUAACGUGCCGCCAAGACAGCCUGAAAUUAUCAUCAUCAUCAGCAUCAUGAUCAUGAUGACCAUCGUCAUAAAUAUUAUUUCAAGCUAUGAACAAACAGUGUGUAGCCCUCAUCUGAAGCAGAUCUGGGAACUGCAAUUUGCAGGGCUGAAAAGACAAUGCAAGUCCCUUAGUCCUCUGUACACUUGAAGGAGACAUUUGGAGGUGGAGUGUGUCACCCUCCAUUAAACAAGGAGCACUUCUAGCAUUAAAUUUUACUUUGUGAGUAGAGCUAACACACACUCACAUAUAUAAGCAAAUUGAAACAGUUUUACAGCUGUUUUUACAAAAUCUACCCAUGAAAAAUACCUGAAGCAAAUUGAGCAACGAAUAAUCUGUGACUUCAUUCAAUCAAGUAGAGCUUUUAUACAGGAAGUUUUGGUUUAAUUUGCUGCUGUGUUGCAUGUUAACAAUCAGAAGCUUUGCCAAAGUCUGCAUGCACGUACAGUUUUAGUUGAUCGGGUUCAUGCUAGUGCUUCCCAGCUCCAGACUCUCAAGGAUCUUCCUUUCUGGCUGUUUUCAUCCUGGCUGUGUACACGAAGCGAGGCUAUGCUUUCAGUAUUACAGUCACAGAGGGUUUUGAACAUGCAAAGUAUGAAUGUACAUAAUUAAGUGUAUCUACUGAAAAAAAAUUGUGUUGUACAUAAUAUCUUACUUGACCUCAUUCAGGUUUUAUGAAGCUGAAUGAUCAUUUCCAACACACAGUAGGCUAUAUACACCUGCCGGAAAAUUUUACAAGGCGCCUGACAUGGAAAAGAUAUAUGUAUAAAACUAUUUUAAAAUGCGCAGUUUAGAAAAAUACAACUGGAUAAAUCAAAAAGGAAUUAAAUUCAACCAACAGAACCAAACUGGAGUUAAUUUAAAAUCUGUAUAUAAACUCAAGAUGCCAAAAUUAAGUACAAUAUUUUCAACUUGUGCCAUACUAUCCUCACCACUGAGUGAAAACCUUCAUUCUCUCAAAAUAUUGUUUAAAUGUAAUGCAGGAACGCCCUUAUUUUUAAAAGCGCUUUAUGAUAUUCAGCUUAAAAAUGUUUGAUAUUUUGGGAUUUUUUUUCUUUACUAAGAGGAAGAUGAGAAGACUGAUAGCACUCUCAUGUCUGUAUGAUAAAUAUGAAACAAACAUUAAACUCAGCAGCCAGUUAGCUUGGUACAAAAACUGGAAUCACAGGAAAGCAGCUAUGUAACUCCCAUAAAGCCACAACACAAUGUUUUCACACAAUUUGACUAAUUCAGUAUUUCAGUUACUGAGUUUCAGAUACUAAGCUUUAUAUUGGAUGCCUGGUGGAUGUUGACACCACUGAGUCAGGGUAACUGUUAACUCAAACUUUCCGUCUUGACGCUAGGCUUAGCUAACGGUCUCCUGGCACUAGUUUCAUAUUUACAAUAUAUACAUGAGUGAUAUCUUUCUUAUCUACAUCUUUUUACCCCCAAAAUGUCAAAGUAUUCUUUUCAAAGUGAUUUGGAAAUUGCAUCGUAAACAUUGACACACACUUUGAUGCUUUUUUUUUGGAGCUAGCUACAGUAUUGAGACCUAUAGUAACAGGAUGUGACCAGUGUGUGCAAGACAGUAGACUAAGCUAAGAAACAGUGCUUCUUCUUUAAUCUCUCCCUCAAAGUCUGAAAUUUGUGUCUUUAAAUGGUUGAGGUUAAUCUUUGUGGGGGAAAAAACAUGCUUGUUUAGUUUUACUGUUCCAGAUAAUAUAUUUUUUAGCACUUGAAGCGGAGCACACAGGUCACUUCGUGACAGCAUUCAGUCAAUAAACUCAGUGGACUGAUUAUCAGGUAGUUACAUAAUCAUAGUAUUCACUCUGCCGUUGUACACUCACACCCAAAAUUAUCAUGCACAGUUUAAAAUUACGUAAGGUAUUUCAUCUCAAAUGUUAAAUUGUAACAGGAUAAUUCUUUUUAUUUAUACGUUUUGGAUUGUUCUCAUUAUAAUUGGCUUCUAGUACUGGUGCUUUUGGUGGAAUCAUUGACAAUAUCACUACCCAAAAUUUCGCUUGUUCUCCGAUGCUGUUACGUGUCACGAACACAUCCAGCCAAAGUGGACAACAUUUAUAGAUCCUUUGCGGAUCUAUGUACAUGAAACAAAUAGAUAUUUCAAAUGAAAUAGUGUAUUAUGUGCAUGUUUUUGGAUUACAAACAUGGUCUUUUUGGACAAUUGUAUAUUAUAUGCUCUGUAAAUAAUCUUUAUUUUAUGGUACACUGACACUCAUUGUCUGUGAGCGGGUUGUUGGGGGAUUCUGCCUUACAAGUCUUCUGCAAUCCAGUGUUUGUUUUAGUAUAUAUAUAAAUAUAUAUAACUUGUACUAGACAUUUUUUUUCUUGCUGUAUGACAGUAGUUUUUCCUUUAUUUGAAGCUUGUAUAUUUGUAGAAAAUUUGGUCUCUAUAUAUCCAUUUAAAUUUUUUAAUGUUAACUCGUCAUAUCAGGAUGAAAUAAUCAACGGCCUACUUCAUAACACAGAAGUCUCAGAAACCAGGCAACAAGUUUCUGCAGAUUAUUGGCUCCUGCUGAGCCACACUGGGUUGAAAUUAAAGCUACAACUAAGCAGUAUCGAUAUUGAAUGUGUUUUUCAAAAAACAGUGCUGUAAGGCAGAAGCAAGACGAGGUCAUCCGAAGUAUUUCGUGCCCACACUACAGGACAGAACACCUUAAUAACUUGUUAUAAGAGCUUGUGAUUUUUCUGUUAUUUAUUGAAUGGCACGUAAUUGCAUGUAUGCGAACGUGUAGCUAUACAGCGUUGCUAACGUGUAGCUGUAUACCUCUAGGACAGGAUGACAAAAUGCACAAGAAACCUUGUUUGCCAGUUCUGAAGCUCUACCAGGACAAUCGUACACAAUCGGUCACAGUUCUUAUCUUACUGUGGCUUACAAUGUAUCUCACUGCUGUCAAAAAAAAAAAAAACUUUCCAGAUCCAGUUUUGGUGAGCUGUUAUUUCCAUGAUGUUACUUGAACUGAAGCUUUCAACAGUCUGAUAAAGUUGGCAGGCUUCUUGUCCGAAGGUCCACAUGGCCCAUUCAGUACCCGCUAUGAAUGUUCAAUAAUGGAUUAUUCUCAGUUUGAAAAUCUGUCACACUCU